AUUGUUUAUAAUGUAGGACUAUAAAGGGGGGUUCAUAGACUGGGGGCCAAUACAAAGAAAACGCAUCCGACACAAACACUAAGGUGACAUUUUUUAAGUUGAUCACACAACAAGCCAUGUAGAACAAAGUAGGCUGUUCUCGGAAAUAGACAUGGACGGUGGGAGAUGAGCGGCCACCACUUCACACACAGGAAUACAUGAUGGCCAUCGAAUUGCUGACGAGUCAGAACAAUGGUGAGCUCACCGCCGGGGCACGGUCGCACGUCCAGCCGCGCGAGCUAUGAAAUGCACCCGCGGAAGAGGAGCCAGAUGGACAGCCUCGUGCAGCCGCUCGUCGCCCAGUACCUCGCGAUGGGAGGCCAGUCCAAAGAAAACAGCGCCAAUGGAAAUAUCCCAGCAAACGAGGGGAAGGAGAAGGAACACCCGCGGUCGACCGUGGGUACCAGCCCCAGGCCCCGGGUCUCUCCUCCUGGCCUGGCUCAGAGGUUCCACCGGCCCAGCCCCGGCCAGCAGGUGACCCAGGGCAAGAGCGUCACGCCCCCCCUGGGACACCUCAACAAAGGGGCCAGCUGGGAGGAGCUCCUGCAGGCCUGCUUGCUGACCUUUGACUCAGAUGGUGUAUGUGGGAGCAGCCACCUGUUGAACAUUACCCUCACCAUGCACCGUCUUCUCAUGUCCUCCAGCGACCUCAUGGACAAACUCACAACCCUAUAUCCUUAAAAAUCACCCGUGAACGUAUGUCAUCCAAUGUACAAUCGCCUUUAUUUUUAGAUGAAGGCAACAGGCGGUUUGACGUGGAUGCAGUACGGUUUGACGUGGAGUAUCAGUACAGAAAUAAAGCCAGGGACUGGAUCUGCCCUGGUCGUGUGCUAGUUCCAUCUGGUUGUCAGUGGCAACGGCCUAUCAAACUCACACUUGGGGUUUACAAGCGAAUCUGCCAUGGUGGCUUACGCUGUGAAAACUUGAUAGGCAGCGUCAGAUUGUAGCCAUAGCUGUCAAUUGUUACAGCGCAUGUGUUUAGUUCUCGGUUUUCACCUCCGUUCUCACCAAUGGACGUCUCCUGCUGUUCCAGGGGAACGGGUCCUCCGGGAUUUCCAUAUUGUGGAAUAUUUAAAAUGACCCAUUGAAAAAUGAUAAUACUCAAUUUAGAUUUAGAUGGAAAAAAUAAUAAUAAUUUCAAUUCAUGGCCUGUGCCCUAUGAUUGCUUCGAUUCAGCCGUGGCCUCAGAAAGCCUUCUCAGAUCAUUUGACCGGCCUUCGCAUGUACGCCUCCAGGGUUCCCAUAGUAAUGUAUCACUCACCCCUGUACCUUUACCAAAGUCCCCUUCAUCCACUUACAUGCAAACCCACAAUCACACUCCUCAUCAAGGACCUGAAAAGGCUGUUCGAGCAGCGCCCGUAUUUAACCUGCAUAAGCCCAGAACAAAGUGGUUAGCCCAAAAUCCCCCUGUUUAGCUCUAUCCAACCCUCCUCAAUCUAUGGCCCGGGACAGAAAGACGAUGAACAGGCUGAUCAAGAAAAGAGACUAGGGGGGCCAGUAAGCAGCCUGCAUGGCAGACUGACAACCAGAAAAGGCGUAGGCAGUACUUCUGCUCUCAUGACGCAAUUAGCUUUUUUUUCUUCUCUCAUGUGCGCAUCACUUCAAGCUGAUUCCUGCCAAUCCAGAGCCACGGUGUCAGUGUAUUUUUAAACACAUGUUUUGUAGGGAAAGUAAACGGUUGAGGGUCUCCGAUCAACGGGCGGUUGCCUUAGCGGUCUGAUCGUUUUGAAGUGCUUAUGACAUGGAGUGUAAGAUGGGAUAAGGCCUUGAGUGUCCUCGUUCCAGUGUGUUUAUUCCAGAUUAAGGCUGUAUCAUGCAAAUGCAGAUCGCAAAGCAGUAUCUCUUCUGGACGCUUCUACGUCUAGCCUUCACGACGGAACCUCAUGUCCGGUCGGAGUUUGGGCUCGCUCUUCACGUUUGAACGAUGAGCCAUGCUGAGUAAUGAGUCGAAACAGCCGAGGGAACAGCGACACGCGUCACGGCAAUUCCUCUCUGAUUUCCUUCCUUAACUUCCAUGGUUACGGUCAAAACGGCGAUGGACAACGAACAGCCCGCCGAGUGCCAGAGGAUAUGCUACCUGGUCAGGUUCUGGAUCCAGGAGUUCUGGAUGAUGUUCCGGUUGCACAGCAGCCUGUCCGACAGCCUGGAGCAGUUCCAGGAGCUGAUCCGAGACCUAGGACAGGAUCAUUUGGCUCCACUCCUGGAGACCAAGUGGAUGGAGCGAGACUGGUCGUUGAAGGCCAGCCAGAAGAUUAAGGCAAACUGCAGCAAGAAGAGGAAGGUAUCUCUUCUCUUCGACCACCUGGAGCCCAUCGAGUUGGCUGAACACCUCACCUUCCUGGAGUUCAAGUCCUUCUGCAGGAUAUCUUUUGUCGACUACCAGAGCUACAUCCGCAGCUGCUGCAUGAAGGACAUCCCCGCCAUGGAACGUUCCAUCGCUCUGUGUAAUGGUAUCUCCCAGUGGGUGCAGCUCAUGGUGCUGAGCAGGCCUACAGCUCAGCUGAGAGCGGAGGUUUUCACCAAGUUUAUUCACGUGGCUAAGUGCCUCCAUCUUAUUCUCAACUUCAACACACUAAUGGCGGUGGUGGGAGGCCUGUGUCACAGUUCCAUCUCCAGGCUGAAGGACACGAGCGCACACGUACCCAGCGAGGUCACCAAGGUCCUGAAUGAGAUGACAGACCUGCUGUCGUCCUGUAGGAACUAUGACAACUAUAGACAGGCCUACGGCAGGUGUGCAGGUUUCAAGAUCCCCAUACUGGGCGUGCACCUGAAGGACCUGAUCUCCGUCAACGAGGCCAUGUCGGACUAUGUGGAGGACGACAAGGUGAACGUGCAGAAGUUGCAGGCGCUCUACAGCCACAUCCACGAGCUGAUCCAGCUGCAGCAGACCCCGCCCCGGCUGGACGCCAACAAGGACCUUGUGCACCUGCUCACGCUGUCCCUGGACCUGUACUACACAGAGGAUGACAUUUACGAGCUGUCCUACGCAAGAGAGCCCAAGAACUGCAAGGCGCCCCCCGUCACGCCAUCUAGACCCCCAAUGGUAGUGGACUGGGCCCCGGGAGUAGCCCCCAAACCAGAUCCGCGGACCAUCAGCAAACAUGUGCAGAGAAUGGUGGACUCCGUUUUCAAGAACUACGACCACGACCAGAACGGCUUCAUCUGCCAGGACGACUUUGAGAAAAUCGCAGCCAGCUUUCCCUUCUCCUUCUGUGUCAUGGACAAAGAGAAGGAAGGCCUCAUCAGCCGAGAUGAGAUCACUGCCUACUUCAUGAGAGCCAGUGUCAUCUGCUCCAAGCUGGGCCUGGGCUUCGUCCACAACUUCCAGGAGACCACGUACAUGAAGCCCACCUUCUGUGACAACUGUUCAGGAUUCUUGUGGGGCGUCAUUAAACAAGGCUACAGAUGCAAAGACUGUGGGAUGAACUGCCACAAGCUGUGCAAGGACCAGGUGGCCUUCGAGUGCAAGAAGAACGCGAAAGGGGCGUGUGCAAGCGACAGCCCGAGCCCCAGCCUGACCCCUGUAACAACAGGGGUCCCGGAAGGCUCGGAGGACGGGCCCUUCCCCUACCCGCCAGACGAGACCCGGGAGUGGAGCCCAGGGUCCCCGGUGCAGCUGCCCCCGCUGAUACUGAGGCACCAGAGGGUCCACAGUGGCACCCAAACAGAGUGGCCCUCCCUCUCCUCCACCGCCGCCGCCGCCGCCACCACCGCCACGCCCACCUCCCCCCCGGCCGACGGCGGCCGCCCUCAGCCGUCCUUCCUGUUGCCCACCCCGCCCGCCCUUCCCCCCUGCCCCAGCCCCGUGCCGCAGCGUAAGAAGCGCUCCUACGCCAAGUGGGAGAACCGGGCGUCCACCGUGCAGCGGUCCCCGGAGCAGGAGGACCGCAAACCGGGCGUGGAGGAGCUGGAGACGGAGAACCACAAGCUGCAGGAGACCAACGAGACGCUACGCAGGAGGCUGAGGGACACGGAGCGGGAGGUGCAGACGCUGCAGACGCUGCUCCGGAGAAACGCCCUGCACCGCGUGGAGGAGGACUCCUCCUCCUAGCCUCGCCGGGCCGCCACCCCUCCUAUUGAGAGACCGCCGGCGGCGUCCCACACGAGGGCCCUCAGACCUGCGGGUCCUGAAGGGGAACCCGGCCCGCCAGCCCCUGACUGUUUCCCUCUGCUGCGUAUCGGACGCCGAGCCUCCGCCUGUUGCCAGGCAACGGGGGGGGGGGUCUGCGGGUCAGAUUGGAUGGAGAGCGUGUGGGCAGAAGGGCGGAGGAUGGAGACGCUCCGAGCCGUUCCGUCGCGGCCCCCGGGUCAAUGGAGUCACGUGACUUUAUGGAUCGGCCGUACUGCCGCCUCCCUGAACGUGACGGACGUCGGUGUUCGUAUGUGCAUGCCAGGUUUACUUGUGUUUAGGUGGUCUGUUAAGGCUCCUCUUAGAUAUUGAUAUGGGUGACUUUAUAUGGCUACGGAAUGAAUCGCUAUGGGGGGGUGAGGAGAGGUGGCCCCCGCUGUAGAAGUGUGAUAAUAACUGCAUUUAUUUAGCGUUUUUCUUGUCAAGUUGAAGCACAUACACACACAUACACGUAAACACGCUGGAGACACACACACACACACACACACACACACACGUCACACACACACACACACAAUGGACCCACACACACACACACACACACACACACAUAGACUGGACACACACCCCCAAACACACACUAGCACACACACACACCAACAGUGGUGUCUACCGAGUAAGGUUGCAGGGAUCAGGAUUAGACGUGCUAUGUUGAAGGUCACUUUGAAGGAGCCAGGGCUCGGAUUGGACAAAACAAUUCCCUUUAUUAAGGAAUCAACAAGCUACUUCCUAGCGCAAGUACAAGACAAUCUGCAUUUCAAUGAAGCAAAAACCUACAGCCAAUUCAUUCUUAUGUACACAGUCAACCUUUCUACAUUUAGGGUAAGCCAUUUAAAGGGAGGACGAAUGUUAGCAGAAGUUGGCCUUAAAGGGGCUACUGUAAAGCAGUAUUAGGAUCAGUUUAACAGAAGUACAACAUUAAAAUGGAAAUGAUAAUGUUCUUUGCUGGUAUUUGAUUCAGGAUGGUGGUUACACUGUGAGAGCCAGCCUUUUUAAGUCCUGAAGUAAAGGCACUAUAAACUGAACAGUGGCGAUACACCUAAUGUGGUAUUAGUUGUAGUUGCCUCUUCAGCAUGUAAAUAAUUGUCAUCAAUAUAUAUACAUGUCUACAUGUAAAAGUACUCACUUCAGUGCUUACGCUGAUAUUUAUUGUUUGAAACACUACAUUGUUUAUUAUUCUAAUAAAGUUUUUUUUUAUUGGUUUACUUAUUGAGCUAUUAAUGGUUUUGUGUCUUGCAGUAUUUUUUCUUAUCUUACGUGCACCUCUCUUCACUGUCAGUUUCUUAGUAGCAUUGCAGUAGCAAAUGGUGUAUUCUAUCCUGUGAAGCAAAUGCAAUUGUAUGAAAUGUCCUGUAAAUAAUGAGACACAUCUAGUAUUUGGUCCUGUCACUGGAGUCCUUCUGAAUGUCAUCAAUCAUGUUUUACAUUGUGGCUCUGUGUGUUCUGCUAUUGUAAUAAAUACAUUAUACGAUA